CCAUCCUCCCUAUACAAUGGCCGCAUCCAAGGUUACUACUAGGAAGAAGCAGAAGCAGCAGCAGCUGAAGAAGAACAACAACAAUACCGUGUACUUGCUGAUCAAGUUGCUGAUUGUUGUGGGCUUGCUUUGUGCUCUUGUUGGGCCGACUCAUGCGGCUAGGCCCGUGCCGGCGGACCAUUAUCGCCGGCGGGAGGAGGUUGUUGCUGCCGUGGUGGUGCCAGCAAAGGCUUCGAGGGAGGAAAUAAUGGUGAGGGCACUUAUCAACAUGCUGCCCAAAGGAGCUCCAUUGCCACCUUCCGGCCCCAGCCCUGGCAUCAACUAAUCAUCAUCGAUUCAGCUUCCACGUCACCCUCCAAUUUACCACCUUAUUAUAGUAAUUAUAUAUAAUAGAAGUUGUAGUAGCUGCAUAAUAUUUGGUCACUUAUAACUAAGUUAUACAAGAUAAUUACACAAGCAUAUUGAGACAGCAAGUAAGUAGAGCCUUAAUCAACUAGAGUUAUUUGU